UUGGACGGGGCAAAUAAGCUUUUCAGAGUGGGAAGAGUUCGCGGUUAUCUCGUAAUGUCUGGUGAGUCCGGUCAGCCUGAGGCUGGACCCUCCCACGCUGGCCUCUACUGGCAGCACCCCGAAAGAAAUCAGGUUGGGGUUCCAGGAGGAGUGAUUCGAAGGGCUGGUAGCCAAAGGCACAGUUCCUGGAUCCAAAAGGUUAUUGAGCAAAUAACCGGCUCCCCUAAACAGUGUGUCACCCUUUCCGAAGUGGUGCCUGUCUCUGUACUGGCCGUCCAAAGAUACCUGUUAGAGGAUGAGCCACGGGACACAGUGCCCAAGCUUCCGCUUUACUGCUAUGAUGUGACGAUCUCGGACGGGGUGUACCAGGAGAAGUGUUUCUUAGACCCCAGCUUAAACUUUCUCGUUUAUCAGAAUAUUCUAAAAGUUGGCAUAGAAAUGAGAAUUUUCAGAGUUUCGUGUCUUUACAACGAGAAAAGAUUGGGCCAGGGAAUCCUGUGCAUAGAUAAGGUCCACUGUGGGGAGACCCUAGAUGUCGUUUCUGUAGAAACUCCAUUUAGAAACAGAGAGCAGGAGGAAAAGCCAGAGAGGCCCCUGAGAGGCAGCAGGAGUCACUACCUGGCCCUGUGGAACAACGAGGAUCCCUACGGAGAUAUCUGGAAGACCAACAAGCAACCUGAGGAAUUCAAUUUUAACAACACCAAGAUCAUCUCUCUCUCUCAUCUUGAAAUGACCUGGAGUAACAGAAAGGAUUUUCCUGCCUUGCUUGUGAGGAUCUUGCAUAAAUCAAAACUGCGAUACUAUGGGAAACCUAAUAGAAGGAUGAUUGAGCCAUAUCAGAGCUAUUUGGAAGUCGCUGACAGUUCCGGCAUGGUGUCGGUGAUUAUGUGGAAUACUCUGUGUCCAGAAUGGUAUAAAAGUUUGAAAGUGGGCUUGAUUCUUCUGCUUCAAGAUUAUUCUGUGAAGAAGAGCUACCCAUUCAGAAUACCGCCUGACCCUGUGGAUCCACAUAUGAAACUAAUUUCUACAAUGGAAAUCUGCCUGAAUCUUCGAGAUCCUCCAACUAACAUAGUUAUCAUUCCAGAAAAGCAACUGAAAUCAGAAUGGAAAUUGCCAAAACUAAGUAACCGAUUUAUUACAAGAUCGGAACUAGACGAAAUGCCAGAAAGAAGCAUCUGUGAUGUAGUUGGUGUGUUAACUUUUGUUGGAAGGGUGCAACGGACAAAAAAGAAAGAAAAUAGUGAAGACUUUUGGUCAUAUCGCUGGAUCCAUAUUGCUGAUGGGACUUCAGAGCUACCAUUUAUAGUGCAGCUGUUUUCUACAUCUCAGCCAGAAGUCUUUGAAAACAUUUACCCAAUGACAUGUUUUGUUUGUACUCAGUUGAAAGUUGUUCGAAAUAACGGUCAAGUACCUAAUCUGCUUUACCUCACCACUACAAAUGAGAGCCGCAUUUUUAUUGCUGGUCACAGAGGCCAACCGUAUACAUAUGAUACCAAGGUAAAAAAAUGUAUGCAGUGGAUUAAAGCAAAGACUGAUUCAGAAGUAAACAACACUGCUAUGGGUGGAUAUUACCCUUAUCCACCAGUUCCAGAGACAUUUUCCAAGUAUAGCCGCUUUAUUAAAGCUGAGUUGCUCUUGACAGCUAUCAGCGAAGUGAGGAAGGUGAUCGAAGUUUUGCAGUACAGGGAGCAGAAGCGCAUUGCCAUUCAGGGGAUAAUUGCUGCUAUAAAGUACAUCCCCCACCACCGCUCAGCGAUGAGCGCCCCAGCAUCAGAAACACUUCAGAAUGACAAUCAGCCCUCAACUUCUCAGGCAGUUAGAAGAGAAGGUCACCAUUAUGAAAGAGGUAGCAAAAGACCUCAAGAUGACGGGCCAGCGGGCUCUCAGCGUUCUCAGUCUACAUCUGUAAUUUCGAGUGUCAGCGCAAAAAGAAGAAUUGUUCAAGGCCCAAGUGCUAAUCCUGUUCCUGUGCCUCAGCCACAUUCUUCUGCACAAACUAAAGGAAGCAGACACCACCCAACCUCAUACCGUGGUCGAGGAAGUUCAAGUGCUAGUUCCAAAGGGAAGUCCAGAAGAGUAUCAAGUGAUGGAUGGGAGAGUCAGCUGUGGAGAGCCAAGAGGUUCAGCUUGAGAGACCACCUACACUACAGUUAUGUUCAUCCUGAAAGUAUUCCGCGGAAAUUUAUUUUGGAGCAUGGGAAGUUUCUUGCCCAGCAGUAUAAUACUCAACCUGCAAAGUACAUACCCCCAGAAGGACAGCCCCCCAAACUCGAUGAAUUUCCGAGUGCUCGAAGCCUUGGCCAUUUUGAAGUAACCAUCCUAGGUUUGAACCAUGAGAUUGCGAUUGAUGUUCCAUUCCUACCCAUGUAUUCUCCGGAGGAUGUCCAGACAUCUCAAAUAGACACGUUCUUGACCUGCAUGAAUUACAGCUGUGCGUACCCACCGGAAGCAUCUGGCCGUGGAAGAGUGCCAGAUCCCAAGGCAGUUGCAGGUGAUAUUGUAAAAGCAGCAGCUGAGCUGGAUAGAGUCCACAUCAUCUGUAUCUUGGAUAUCUGUAAUUUGGGUGACAAUAAAGUGGAGGUCUGUUUGCAGAAAAUUUAUACUCCAGAAUAGGCUUCCUAAAGAUUAGCACACCAAAUAAUUAUAGGGCAUAUAUAGAAUACUGCUUUAAAGAGAGUCUAUUCUUUUCUUGGUAUUUUCAUCAGAAUAUUCCAAGAACUCUAAAGUUAAGUGGUUUUCAGUUCAUCUUGUAUUUGACAUUCUCACUUCAUAUUAGAUGCAUUAUUGGAAAAACCAUCAAGACAAUUUUCUGUCAGAAGUUUCUUCAGCUGUGUGUGACUAUUAACUUGUAACAAUUUAUGUUAUACUGUUCCUUUUGCAAAGUGUAUUUUUGUUUGAACAUCUCAGUACAAUGCAUCCUGGCCAACAUAAUUUAACAUCCCCUGAUUUUAUUCACAUAUGGUGAUAAAUCUUGCUUUACAAAUUUAAAGACUGAGUUACCAUUCUCCAAAAGUGAUCACCUACAUUUAUGGUGAACAACAUAAUUCCUUUUGUGUCCAGAAACCUACAUACGAUUGUAAUGACCCAGCUGCCCUCCAUUCUCUACAUUUGCUAUAAAAUGAAUAUAUUGAAUGACGUUAUCAUAUAAGUUUUCAACCAAUUUCCAAGACCUUGAUGUUUUAAGUAUUUUGACCAGUGUAUAAUGUUAAAGCCAGAGGCUACAGUAUAUCCACAUUCCUACUGUGUUUAUUUGUAAUUUCAGUAUAUGUGUUGUGAUUUUAAACAGUGAAAUUGCAUCUCACAUUAAUAUCUAAAGUGCUUGUAUUGAAAAUAAAAGGACAGUAACAGAAUUUGUUUCAGUCUAGAUCACUCUACUUUUGUAAAGACCUGUGUCUGACACCCAUGUGGCUAAAUAAAAGAGAUAUCAAAUUGAGAGUAAAUAUUUCUGUAUCAAGAUGAAUGUGAUUAUGGUUGAGGUAUAAACUCGCAAGAAUUCUUUAUGGCCCUAUAAUUUUGUGACAUCAUGUGCUAUACAGUUUUAAUGUGAUAGGUAGCCUACAAACUUAAAGGCAUACUGUAUUUGUUCAUAAAGGUGUUCAGUUUUCUUUGUAACUGUAUUGAACAGUUAAUUUAAACUGUGAAUCCUUGUGUUACUAGUUUCAUAGUGCUAUUAAAUAAGUUAACUUGCAGUAA